AUGUUCGCUUCGACGACUUUAUCGAGCGUUUCGUUUUCGCGUGCGAAUGUGGGUGGGGCAACGACGUCGUCGGCUUCGAAAGGCAGAAAAGUGACAAUGGUGAUGCGCGCGAACGCGUCGAUGUCUUCGACGCGAACGUCCAUUCCAGGUAACUUUUCCGGAUUACGAUCCACGAAUGCCAUCGACAUGACGAGCACGUUAUCCAGAAACGGUAACUUUAAAGGCGUCACCUCGAGGCAACUUUCUACGAAAAGCGGUUCUUCUUCCUCGUCCUCGGGUAAGAAAUUGGGAGCAGUCAUCAAGGGCCCACGAGCGAUGUUUGAACGCUUUACGGAAAAAGCGAUCAAGGUCGUCAUGUUAGCGCAAGAAGAAGCGAGAAGGUUAGGUCACAACUUUGUCGGUACGGAGCAAAUUAUGUUGGGUUUAAUCGGCGAAGGUACCGGUAUUGCCGCGAAGGUUUUAAAGUCCAUGGGGAUAUCGUUGAAAGAAGCGAGAGUGGAGGUGGAGAAGAUCAUCGGUAGAGGUUCGGGUUUUGUAGCGGUUGAAAUUCCGUUUACGCCGCGAGCGAAACGCGUUUUAGAACUCGCUUUAGAAGAAGCGAGACAACUCGGCCACAAUUACAUCGGCACGGAACACUUAUUGUUGGGUUUGUUGAGAGAAGGCGAAGGCGUCGCGGCGCGCGUUUUGGAAAACUUGGACGCGGAUCCAGCCAAGAUUCGAUCUCAAGUCAUCCGAAUGGUUGGUGAGUCCCAAGAAGCGGUCGGCGCUGGCGCUGGCGCGACUGGCGGUGCCGCCAGUGGUUCCAAGACGCCUACGCUCGAGGAGUUUGGUUCGGAUUUGACGAAACAAGCCGAAGAGGCCAAGUUGGACCCUUGCGUCGGCAGAACGAAUGAAAUAAGGCGCGUCACGCAAAUUCUCGGUAGAAGGACCAAAAACAACCCUUGCUUGGUUGGUGAACCCGGAGUUGGUAAAUCCGCGAUUGCUGAAGGUUUGGCCCAACAAAUCGCGUCGGGAACCGUUCCGGAAACUUUGGAAGGGAAGAGAAUGAUGACUUUGGAUAUGGGUUUACUCGUUGCGGGUACCAAGUAUCGCGGGGAAUUCGAAGAACGUUUGAAGAAGCUCAUGGACGAAGUCAAGCAAGACGACGCAAUUAUUCUUUUCAUCGACGAAGUGCACACUUUGAUCGGUGCAGGGGCGGCUGAAGGCGCAAUAGACGCUGCGAACAUCUUGAAACCGGCGUUGGCGAGAGGCGAGUUGCAGUGCAUCGGCGCGACGACGAUUGACGAAUACCGAAAGCACAUCGAAAAGGAUCCGGCGCUGGAGAGACGUUUUCAACCAGUUCAAGUCCCAGAACCGACGGUGGAUGAAACCAUCGAAAUCUUGAAAGGUUUGAGAGAGCGAUACGAAGUUCACCACAAGUUGAAGUACACGGACGAAGCUUUGGAGUGCGCGGCGAAGUUUUCUUCGCAGUACAUUUCUGAUCGUUUCUUACCGGAUAAGGCUAUCGAUUUAAUCGAUGAAGCCGGGUCGAGAGUUCGUUUGGAGCACACGUCUAUUCCGGAAGAAGCCAAAGAGCUGGACAAAGAAUUGAAGGCUUUGCAAAAAGAGAAAGACACCGCGAUUCGAGGGCAAGACUUUGAAGCCGCCGGGAGCAUCAGAGACAAGGAGGUUGAGUUGAAAUCUCAAAUUAAAGCCAUCACGGAGAAGAAGCAAGAAGAAGCCAAGGCUGAAAUUGAGUCUGGUAAAGAAACCGGUCCGACCGUGACCGAACAGGAUAUUGCGGACGUUGUCGCCGCGUGGACUGGUAUUCCGGUCGAUAAGGUUGCCUCGGACGAAGCGCAACGCUUGAUGGGCAUGGAAGAGAAGUUACACGAACGUUUGAUUGGUCAGGAAGAAGCCAUCGUGGCGUGCUCAAGAGCUAUCCGAAGAGCGAGAACGGGGCUGAAGUCGCCGAAUCGUCCAGUCGCCUCGUUCAUCUUCGCCGGGCCGACUGGUGUUGGUAAAUCCGAAUUGGCCAAAUCCUUGUCGCAGUUUUACUUUGGCAGCGAGGAAGCGAUGGUCCGUUUGGAUAUGUCCGAAUUUAUGGAACGACACACGGUUUCCAAAUUGAUUGGUUCGCCACCAGGUUACGUCGGCUACUCCGAAGGUGGUCAAUUGACCGAAGCUGUCAGAAGACGUCCGUAUACCUUGGUGUUGUUUGAUGAAAUUGAAAAAGCUCACCCGGAUGUCUUCAACAUGAUGUUGCAAAUUUUGGAAGACGGUCGAUUAACCGAUUCCAAGGGCAGAGUCAUUGACUUCAAAAACACUUUGAUCAUCAUGACCUCGAACGUUGGCGCCCAGCAAAUUGAAAAAGGUGGCGGCGGUUUGGGUUUCCAAUUGGACGACAACGUCGAAGACCAAUCGUACCAAAGAAUCAAAUCCUUGGUUCAAGACGAACUCAAGAACUACUUCAGACCGGAAUUUCUUAACCGCUUGGAUGAAAUCAUCAUCUUCCGUCAAUUGAACAAGCAAGAAGUCCGUGAAAUUGCGAUGAUCAUGUUGAACAACGUGUUCAAGCGAUUGAAGGAGAAGGAAAUUACUUUGGACGUCACGGACAGAUUCAAGGACAAGGUUGUCGACGAAGGCUUCUCGCCGGCGUUUGGUGCUCGUCCGUUGAGAAGAGCCAUCAUGAGAUUGUUGGAAGACAACCUCGCGGAGAAGAUGUUGAGUGGCGACAUCGCCGAAGGCACGAGUGCUAUCAUGGAUGUGAACGCUGAGGGUGAAAUCAUCGUCAUGACUGGCGACGGUAAGGAAUUAUCCACCACCGCCUACACCGGCUCCUCUGGUAUGGGAUAA